AUGUUGUUUGACAAAGAAACUGUAGUUAUUCUAUCCAAAGGAAAGUAUGCAGGAUGCAAAGGUGUGAUAGUUGAGGAGAUCAAGAAGGGAGACAAAUUUGAGUACGUCACAAUUGUAGGACUUGCCAAGGCCCCUGUCCCAGUAACUGAGAACAUGACAGACAGACAGAAGAAGAGAAGAGAGUCAGUUAAGUGCUUCGUUAAAAAAAUGAACAUAAGACACUUAAUGUCCACUAAGUACAAGAUGGAGAAUGUCUUUGACAAAAUGCAGAUCGUAGACACAACCGACAUGUCAGAGAAGGUCUGCCUGGUUAAGGAGGCAGAGAAGCUCUUCAAGGCAGCAUACGCAAACAACCCUGCUCACUGGGUAUUUAAGAAACAAGUAGUUUAA